AUGCGAUGCAUAUUUGAGUUUAUUCAAUGGAAAAAGGUGAUAGUCCGUGGGUGUCACCUUUUAUUGGUAUUUGGAGUUGUUGCAUCACUUUUAUUUCAGCCAUCUGAUCUGCGCACGGCUUUUUAUGACGAAUCGAAUUAUCUCUACUGUUUUGCUUAUGGUCUUGUCGCUUAUUUGUCGCUAUUAUUUUACUUUAUGACAUGCUAUACCGAUCCUGGUUAUGUACCAUAUAAACGAGUGCCUGAUUGGACUGGAGCAAUGGCAGAAGAGUCCGAUGAUGAUAAUGAAGGUGAAGAGCAACAAACAUCAGCCAACAGUAAUCAACAUUUACGUAAAUGUCUUCUGUGUAAUAUUGAGCAACCUUUGCGAAGUCGCCACUGUGACUAUUGCAAUAGAUGUGUACUCAAAUAUGAUCAUCAUUGCCCAUAUUUAGAAACCUGUAUUGGCGAACAUAAUCAUCGUUAUUUCUGGUAUUUUCUAUUGACAACAGACAUACUAAUUAUAUGGUCAAUGAUGUUAUGCAGUCGUUCAUUUGUGCCAUUCAGUGAUUGGUCAUCUUGGUUGCAUAUAAAUAAAUUUCGUUUAUUUGCUAUGCACGUUCUCAUCAUAUCACUAGGCGCAACAACAACACUAUUUUGUAUUCAUUCAUAUUUUGCUUUGACAAAUUCAACAACAUGGGAACGUGUAUCAAGACAUCGUAUAACAUAUUUAAAUCGUUUACCAGAUGAAGAUCUCAAUCCGUUUCAUCAAGGCUAUUGUCAUAACUUUUUCUGUUCAUUUCUUUGCCAUCGAAUAAAAGAACAACAAUGGGAUGUCGUUUAUAAAAAGCGCGUAGAAGAGCAUGUUACUUUAAAUAUGUAA